UUUUCGAGCAUCAGCUCCUGUUUAUCUUCAUGCGUGCAAUUUUCUUCAUGGUCAAUGCAGAACCGUAAAAACACAAAUCCAGUUUGUGUCGUGUACUCCUUAAGUGGAGUAACAAAUUACAGGUGUAAUUUCCGGAGUGCGUAAUUUCAUCUAAACCGGGGCAACGUUUGACAUUAUGGUUCUUUAUACAUCAGUGUUUGUAAACAGGGUGAUCGGUUAACAUGAAGUUCUUCUACAAAUCACUGCUCAUUUUACUACUUUAUUGGCACUCCUCAAAAUCAGAACCUUCCGGUUAUACCAUCAAUAGUUUUCGAGAUGUUUUUUCGCUAAUAAGAGAACGUGGGAUCUCGGACGGUAUUCUGUGUUUAAAGGAAAAGAUAAUAAGAAUGAUAGAGAAAAUCCCGAAGGAAUUUUACUUGUUGAACGGAAUAAUUGUAAAAGAAAACGUCAAAGCCUACAAGAAUAUAUCUCGUAAAUUUGAUGAAAUCGAGCUUCCCACGAACAAGUCCGAUCGCGCGGAGCUUGUUAACAAAAUUCUGUUCGAAAAAAUAAAUGAAUUUGUCAACAAUCAUUUAAUCGAAGUAAAGGUGCCGGACGAAACGCUAGAGGAAUUUAGAGCAUCUUUUGAUGAAGGUCGCAAGAGCAAAAAGAAGGGUAUGAUUCCAUAUCUUUUUCUUAUUACAGCUAAAGUAAUAGCAAUAGGGGCCUUUUUCAUCAAAUUUAUCUCGCUAAUGGCAGUGAAAGCUUUAGUUCUAGCUAAAAUGGCGCUCGUGUUAACAGUAGGAAUUGUUUUGAAAAGAUUUUCGUCUUAUUCUUCCACUUAUGCAUCAAGGCCGUUUGAAUUUCAUCAACCGCCAUUCUACAAUAGUAACAACUGGAGAAGAGUGAUGCCAGACGACGUCCAGUACGACAUGAUGCCAAUUCAGAAUGUUGCUUAUUCUAUCAUCAACGACCACGACAUUUAAUGGAUAACGUUUAAAUUUUAGAUUUUAGAUUAUCAGAUUAGCAGAUCUGUAAAUUAUUUAUUUUCUUUAUAUACACUUAUGUAAGUGAAAUUAAGAAGGGGAAGUAUUCAUUACUGUAUUAUUAAAAAUUUUACUGAAUUAUUAUUCCUUCAA